AUGGAGUUUCAAAUAUUUUUAACGAUUUUCAACUUUAUUAUUAUAUUUCAACAAGUGCCGAUGUCCUAUGGGGGCGAGUUUGUGUUAGUUUGUCCUGAAGGUGACACUGAGCCUGCAACGGAGUACAUGCUGUAUAUAACACUUCCUAGCAACAAUGCCGAAAUCUAUGUAACUGCGCCUUUACUCGGAUUCGAUUUCGGCAUGUUCAACAACGUUUCUCAAUCUGAAAUUAUAGAAAUAUCGUUGUCGUCGACGUAUAUGUUGUCUGGUACUGGAAUAUCGAAUAAUACGAUUUACGUUACGUCUACGGCUGACGUGUCCGUGUAUGUGAUAGCUCGAAACGGUGGCGACGGAUAUACGCCUAUACCAUUCCAGUCUUUAGGAAAGGACCACUAUAUAAUGACCCACUGCGACGAAUAUAAUCCCUGCCAGUUUAGUGUCACUGCUGUAAAUGAGGAUGUUCAAGUGGAGAUAAUCCUUGCCAUUUCUAACGGAGACUCCGUAACUUUGAACGCAGUCACUUAUCAAACCGGUGACAUUAUAUCACUAUCGAUUCUGGGGUAUCAAACGUUACAGAUACGUUGUAACUCGGAUUUAACCGGAACGUUGGUGAUUUCUAACAAAAACGUGUUCGUAGUUGGAGGAGGGGCGGUAGGAAUGAACAUCAGCGAGCGCCACCUGGUGAUGGAACAGAUCCCCCCAGUGCAAACAUUCGGAAGAGAGAUUUUGACAAUUCCAUCGAAAUAUACACAGAGUAUUGGGGAUAAUUAUUGUUUUUUAUCCAGUCAACCACAGACUACUAUUCAGAUCGGUGGCGUAGUACGGAGAUACCUUAAAACAGGCGGAGAAUGGUUCACUAUCCGUCUGAACGGUACACAGUUCAUCUUCGCCGAUAAACCUAUUUUGGUUAUGAGAAUAACUCAGACCGGAACGGGUGAUCCAAUUACUGAAUGGUCGACAAUGUUAGUAAUGAUUCCAAAAGAUCAGUUUCUAGUCGGUGGCACUCAAAUAGUGCUGUUUCCGGGCGCUCAAGCCAUAUCAAGUUUGGUUAUUUCUGUGGUGCGAUCUCUGAACGACACUCUGUAUAUGAACACUGAUUCUCAAACGGAUUUUACGACCAUACCAGGCGAUGAAUUGUUCAUUAAAUAUACGUCAACGAUUUCGCCGGCCGACAAACAGCAGGUGUCCAAGUCUAACGUUCGAGGCAUGGCUGUCUACUAUCAAGUCGAAGCUAAUGGAUAUUCAGUAAGCCUAAUUGGAGCCAUGAACUUUAUCAUUACCUUCUCGGACUGUGUAGCGUCUGAUACCAGUAUAGGUGAUAUGGUGGACAAUGACUGUGAUGGUUUUAUUGAUGAGGAUGUCUGCCCUCAUGAUGGGGCACCAGCAGACUAUGUUGGAAAAGACUGUCAGCAAAUUGUUUCAGGUGAAAGUGAUUCGUUUGGUUUGAGAUUUAUUGCCGUUUUUCCAGAGCAGAUGCAAAUUGAUUUAACUGGAGUCACAUCACUUGUGUUCUCCACGAUCUCCACAGAAGAAGUGACGGUUAGGAUUACGACACCACGUAACACGUCCAUUUUAAACGUUCAGAUACGGAUGAACGUAACCACAGAGCUGGCAGCACUGCAUGAUCUAGAACUGUCGGGCUCCGCUAUAUCGGAUAAGGUUAUGCUUAUCGAGGCCAGUCAUGAAAUAUCGGCGUAUACUAUUCUGGAUACGAAGGCUGUGUAUAAAUCAAGUGGUGCAGCAAGACUCUUACCAGUGGAAGCUUUAGGUCAGGAGUAUUACGCUGUGACGGUUUGUGAAUCAAACUCAUGUCAGAUUCAAAUUAUAGCAGCACAUCCCUUUACAGUGGUUCAAGUCAAAUUGAAGCUUCAAGACACUUCUCUCACUCUAGAAUAUGGCGGGAAAACGUAUCACCACGGAGAUCUCAUAUCAGAAUAUCUGCAUCAAUAUCAAGUUUGGCAACUUCAGGCACCCACGAUAGAUAUCACCGGAUCUCGUAUUACGUCUAAUAAACCAAUAGCUGUCUUCAGUGGUGGACAAUAUACACAAUUUCUAACCGGGCAACAGGAUGACCUUUUCAUCGAACAACUACAUCCGGUAAAGUCUUGGGGCAAAACAUUUGCGCUUGUUCAGGCACCUAAGGCGGCAUGCUUAAAUCUUGCAUCUAGAGAAUGUGAUGAUAUAAUUCGACUGAUCAGCCAUCAAGCAAACACAAUCAUAAAUAUCAGAUCUCAUAUAAGCAGUCAGGAAUAUAGUCUUGAGUACCCUGGCCAUUGGGUUGACGUAGACCUAAGGAAUUGGGCGUAUAUUAUAAGUUCGAAGCCUAUUUCAGUGACACACUUGUUAACUGGUGGAAUAUAUUACGAUGGUGGAAUGACAGUGGUGUCACCUAUCAGCGAAUUCGGUCAAAGGGACCAAAUAACAAUUUUGAAUAUUGCUAACCAUGAGGUAGAGUUGGUGCUCAUGACAGAAAAUAAAUAUCAAAACGAAAUUUUACUUAAUGGCGGCAACAUGGUCUUUACAGACACUUUGGACGUAAAUAUGACGUAUUUCAACACUCCUGUGACGCCAGGCUCUAGUGCCGAAAUAACUUCCCAGAAUGCAACAGCUGUAUUUGGUGGUUUCAUAUUUUCAUAUAAAACGGGAGCUGCAAGCUAUUUUUUUUCAUUGGCAUCACAUCACAGUUUUAUUAAUAUUGGCUGUGAGAUUAGUGAGGAUUCUGGCGGAGAUGGCCAAGAUAAUGAUUGUGAUGGUAGAAUAGACGAAGAAAUCUGUGACCUGACAAUCACACCACAAGAUGACGAUUUAGAUGGUUUAAUUGACGAGGAUUGUAUCGAAAUAAUUCUACCUAGCUCAACCAGCUCAACCAUUCUAUCAAGUGCAAUGGAAUCCACCGUCUUAGAAACGUCUGCAAGUUCAGAAUAUUUAUCAGCUUCGAAUUCAGGGUACACAACUCUUGUACCAACGGACAGCAUAUUUCAACAUACGAUGUCAACCAUGACUCCAGCUUUGAAGUUAGAAACGUCAUCAGUUCUUGUGUUGACGCAAGACGACUCAGUGUGCACGUGUGGAUGUGUGACGUGGUCCAUAACAACCAGUUUAGAUGCAGAAAGUUUAGUGGAAGUCACCGAGAGUAUCAAAACUGAACUCAUUGUAGAUUCCACAGAGAUGUCGAAAACUGUGAGAAAACGAACCAGCGCUCCAGAUCCACGACCUUCUGCACAAACUGUCGGCUAUUUCGGUGUAGCCAUUAUUUCUGGAAUAUUCAUUGGGAUUUUUAUAUUAGACGCGGGUGCUUUAUUUACUGACUUGAAGAUGCUGGUGCACGUUUUAAAGGAGGCAAAGCGUAGAUGA